ACGGCUGCGGAGGUCAGGCCAGGCCUACCGUGCAGGCAUGGGACAGAGGUGCGGCUGUGUGCUCUGUGGCCAGACACUACCCAGUUCCUGGGCAGCUCCAGCACUGUGGCUAGAAGCCACACACCUCACCUCCCUAAGGCUGAGCUGACAUUCGGCCCUGAGCAGUUCGUGCUGCACAAAGGUUCUCAGCACAGUCCAAGGCUCAGAGGACCUGGGCUGGAAGUAUCUCUUCUCGGACGCCAGGCAGAGCUGGGCGAUGGCGGGCAGUCCAGUGCACCGAGUGUCAGCAGGGGACGCCUGGAGCAGGAGCAUGCAUCCUGACAUAGAGAGCGAGAGGCACUCGCAGUCCUUCAACGUGGAGGAACUCACCAACAUCCUUGACGGAGGCGCCCAGAAGACCGCACUCCGGAGGAAAGUGGAAAGCAUCAUCCACAGUGAACCAGAGCUUAGCCUGAAGGAUAAUUACUUCAUGACCCAGAAUGAACGUUACGAAGCCGCCGUUAAGAAGAAAUUCCACAUCCUCAUGCUAGCAGAGCGCCUGGGCUGGUCCGAAGGCAGCCAUGAAUUACAGUACGCCUCCAGAAGUGUUUCUGGAGAUCUGGGCUUCAUGAUACACUACAUCUUCCAGAAAACCAUCAGGAGCCUGGGCUCAGAGGAGCAGAUUGCAAAGUGGGACCCACUCUGCAGCAAGUUCCAGAUCCUGGGGACAUAUGCCCAGACGGAAAUGGGGCACGGGACAUAUCUUCAGGGCCUGGAGACCGAAGCCACCUACGAUGCAGCCACCCAGGAGUUUGUGGUGCACAGCCCCACAAUGACGGCCAUCAAAUGGUGGCCUGGGGACCUGGGACGGUCAGCCACCCAUGCCCUGGUCCAGGCCCAGCUGAUUUGCUCUGGAGCCCGGCAGGGCAUGCAUGCCUUUAUUGUCCCCAUCCGGAGCCUCAACGACCACAGCCCACUGCCAGGGAUCACCAUUGGGGACAUUGGGCCCAAGAUGGACUUUGAACACACGGAUAAUGGCUUCCUCAAACUGGACCACGUGCGCAUCCCCAGGGAGAACAUGCUGAAUCGCUUCGCACAGGUCCUACCAGAUGGCACCUAUGUCAAGCUCGGAGUGCCGAAGAGUAACUACCUCAGCAUGGUGGUGGUGCGUGUGGACGUUCUGCUGGGCGAGGUCCUCCCGCUGCUGCAGAAGGCCUGCACCAUUGCCGUCCGCUACGCCGUCAUCCGCCGCCAAUCCCGCCUCCGGCCCAGGCAAGGGGCGCCCAGAGGAGCCACGGCAGCCGGGGCCCCCUCGGUCCCACAGUGUCUGCCCCGAUCCCAGCCCUCUGCCAGAGUGGGGUGCCAGGAGCACACCGACCCAGAGGCAAAGGUCCUAGAUUACCAGACGCAGCAGCAGAAACUCUUUCCUCCGCUGGCCAUGGCCUAUGCGUUCCACUUUGUGGCCAACAACCUCCUGGAGUUCUUCCGCCAUUCCUACAGCUUCAUUUUGGACGGAGACUUCGCACUCCUGCCUGAGCUUCACGCGCUGAGCGCAGGUCUGAAGGCCAUGCUGUCGGACUUCUGCACCCAGGGGGUCGAGCAGUGCCGCAGGGCCUGCGGUGGACACGGCUACUCGAAGCUGAGCGGCCUGCCCUCCCUGCUCACCAGAGUGACGGCCUCCUGCACUUACGAGGGCGAGAACACGGUGCUCUACCUGCAGACGGCCAGAUUUCUGAUAAAGAGCUACCUGAACACUCAGAAGUCCCCAGGCUCCGCAUCGAAGGGGUCUCUCCCUCAGUCUGUCGCAUACCUGACCGCACCUGACCUGGCCAGGUGUCCAGCCCAAACGGCAGCCGACUUCCUCCACCCCGAGCUCUACACCACGGCCUGGGCACACGUGGCAGUCAGGCUCAUAAAGGACUCAGUGCAUCACUUACAGACGCUGAGGCAAGCCGGGGCCGAUGAGCACGAUGCGUGGAACCAGACCACUGUCAUCCAUGUCCAGGCCACCAAGGCGCACCUCUACUAUGUCACUGUGAAGAUUUUCACAGAAUCUCUGCAGAAACUGGAAAGCCAGCCAGCGAUUCAGCAGGUGCUCAAACGCCUCUCUGACCUCUAUGCCCUACAUGGCAUCCUGACUAACGCGGGCGACUUCCUCCAUGAUGGCUUCCUGUCUGGUGCCCAAAUAGACAUGGCGAGAAAAGCCUACCUGGACCUGCUCCCCUUCAUCCGAUGGAAAAGGAGACAAGCUGAGACAUUGCUUUUCUGAGAAAAGACGAUGCCUGCUGUGUUUGUUGGGAGCCACGCAGGGCAUGACACGUAAGUGUACGACUCUUCCCCUAAAACCUCCAGUAGUUCACACCAUCAACAAUAGGAGAACAAAAGAAAAGGGGACUUCCCUGAUGGUCCUGCAGUUAGGACUCCACGCUUCCACUGCAGGAAGCAGCCACAGGUUCAAUCCCUCCUGGUCAGGGAAAUGAGAUCCCAAAUCCCGCAAGGCACAGCCAAUAAAGAGUUGAACUUUUAAAAAAAAGAGAUAUUCAUGAAGGAGAUUUAAAAAAAAAAAAAGCUAGACGAACUUCUUUUCAUUUUGAACAAUAUCCAACAUGUUACUUGUGACUCCAAGUUGAUGCUCAGUGAAUUGAAACUUAAAAAUUAUCAAAACUGUAUCAGAUGUAAAAUUAUGUCCCAGGGAUUAAACUUUCCCUAAUAGAGAGAAUCCAGUGGUUAGAACCAUUAAUAGCAUAAUUGAGUACUGCACACUUCAAGCCCAAGUGUGUCUAACUUUCUGAAACGCUUGGCAUUUAAAGCACAUGAAGAUGAUAACGUUCUAGCCCUGACUGUUGGUAAUAAUGAAACACAAAAGAUCACCGAUAAGCAUGAUUUUUUUUUAAAUUUGCAACAGCAUGCUGAGUGCUUCCCUUGGGCCCAGAGACUUACAAUUCAGACAAGACAGACAGCACUGACAAAAAAGACAACGUGCGCACAUCAAACCCACACACGGAUUUAUUCACAUUACGGUUUCUAAAGUAGCCUUCCUACUGCAGCCGGGUAAUUAGGAGCCUAAGCGACUCCAGGCUUUUAACAGUCCUGUGCCACACUCCACGCUUUGAUUAUUCAGCAUCACCCUCAGAUUUCUGAGAUGACAAAUGAAGGAUGGCACACUAUUCUAAGUGACACUAAGAACCAGCUCUCUGCGUCAUGGUAAUUAGCAACUAAAACAGUUUUUAGUGGUUUAAACAGUCCUAAAAUCCCAGGGGUGACACUUUUAGGCAAAGAUGGCAGACUGAACAUGUGCAUUUACUUUUGUUCCCUCCUAAAACCCUACUAAAAACAUCAAUAAAUUAAUUUUAAAAUGUUAAAAGGCAUAAACCCACAGAGAGAGAGCGCAGGAGAGGGAAACAGGAACUCUGGAGAGGAGAUGGACAAACAGUGACUCGGCAGACCUGAUUACACUGAAUCACAAAUCAAAAGUAGCAAAAGCUGAGAAGCCAUCAAGGGCCACCACAGGACCCAAGAGCUGCAGCACCAGGUCCCUCUGGCAACGGGGGUGAAGGGAGGACCGACAAGGUGGGCUGGAGUCUACUUCAGAAGGAGCCGGAUCCCCGCUUCCCUCCUCCUCUCUGAGCAGGUGUAAGACCUUCCCUGACCGAACCCUGGCUGAAGGCUGAGCAGAGGGUCUGCAGACUAGAAGACCUCAGGCUUAGUUGAGGGUGAGGACCACUGGGCCACCCUACAGAAACCAGGGGCCUGAAGACAUGUUUAUAGGCUAAGGCUGACAGCCAUCUCCCCCAGCCCUCUUUUCCCACAUGUGCAUGCGUGCCAAGUCGCUUCAGUCGUGUCCGACUCUCUGUGACCCCGUGGACUGUAGCCCACCAGGUUCCUCUGUCCCUGGGAUUCUCCAGGCAAGAAUACUUGAGUGGGUUGCCAUGCCCACCUCCAGGGGAUCCUCCCGAUCCAGGGAUCAAACCUGCCUCUCUUAUGUCUCCUGCACUGACAGGCAGUUCUGGACCUCUAGCACCACCUGGCAAGCUCCCUUUUCCCACAGGUUCCCAGCAAACAGGCGGCCAGGUCAGUGUCCUGUAGGAAAAUGACAUCAUGGUCCUUCUCUGGAGAAUCUGACCAGUCCAAAGAAGAGAGAUGUGAAGAUACUGACACCGGGGUUCCCCAGUGGUCCACCCAGUUCAGCCCACAGGGAAUUCCACACUGACAAGUACACCAGACUUGUCAUCAGCUAGACUGUCCUACUCUUAGCUAUGACCAGACACUCAGGGAUUGCCAGCACUCGAGGAAAACCCGUCAUAAAAGACAGAGACCAAGCAAGAACAAGGCAACUCCAAAGACACAAGAGAAUCUUCUGGGUGAAAACUUUUUUGAAAGAUCAGUAACAUCCUCAAAGAGUUCACAGGACAUAUGGCAAGCAGAAAAGAACGUCAUUUCUUAAGAAGUAAUAUUCAGAGAAGAGCAACAGAAAGAGUUCUGUGAAAUCAAUGACAGCGAAAAUGAGAAGCUCAGCUGAAGGACCGGAGGACAAAGCUGCAGAAAUCUCGUAGAAAGCAAGCAAACCGAAGACGACAGAAAAAGGACAGAAGAUAAAAAAUAGUGAGAGGACUGAUCCUCACUGUCCAUCUGAAGAGCAGGACUAGAAAGAGAAGACAGAAAAUACCGAAGGGAGCAAAUCAUUAAUAAAACAGUGCAAGAAAACAUUCCUCAAAUGAAGCUACGAGUUUCAGGCUGAAAAGGCCAGAGGAGAGGCAACACACACCCAUGAACAGGCCAAACAUUUAGGCAGCGGUCACAAACACUACAAAGGCAGGACAGCAGGGCCGGGGAUCGGGAACGCUGCGGCUGGGGACGGAGGACCGGAGUUUCAGGAGGUCAGAGAGGGCCUCCCAGGGACGGUGAUGAUCUGAAGAAAGAUGUGAAGGUGGGGAGGUAGAAGGAGCCGUGUGGCUGGCUGGGAAAAGCGCACUCCACGCAAGGGAGAAGCACGAACGCUGGCAGGCAGAGCACGCUCGGCACGUCCACCCAGGGAAAGAGACAAGGCCGCAGCAGCUGGAGUCGCAUGACUGAGGUGGAGAAUGAGAGCAGAAGCCGGCGAGCUGCGGGUGUGCUGGGAAGGGCAGCGGAGGGGCUGGAGGGCACGGCCAAGACAAGACUCUGCCCUUCGCUGUGAGUGGUUCUGAGCAUCACACACGCAAUCUGAGGGAAUCUGAGGUGUGUAUGUAAAGGAUCACUCCAGUUGCCAUGUUAGGAACCGACUGGGGAGGGGUGAAAAGCAGAGAGACCGGUGGUUGCUGCUGCUGCUGCUGCGUCGCUUCAGUCGUGUCCGACUCUGUGCGACCCCCUAGACGGCAGCCCAGCAGGCUCCCGCGUCCCUGG